UUGUUGAUUCACACCACUGACGUCUCUCGUGCACCCAACCAUCAGUCCACUUUCCUCGUCAAACCUUGCCGCAAUGGACGCUGAACAUCAGACCGAUGGAGACGAGGAUCACGUUUCGCCAGCCCAAGUCAAUCAGAUCCUACGCCGGAAACGCAAGGCUCGCGAACGACGAGCCUGCUACCCUUGCCGGCAGCGCAAAGUCAAAUGUAAUUACGAAACGCCUUGUCAACGCUGCAUCGAUCGAGACCACGUAGAUCUUUGUUCCUACCAACAAGCCCCCAAAGGCACCACUGAGGCUGAACCUCUUCCGAAUCCUCCUGUUUCCAGCUCCAGUCAUGGCCAUGGUCCGCAACGCGCCGGCCCAGACUGGAACCAGCUUUGGUCGAAAUUGCAGACUGUCGAGGGCUUCCUCCGAGACAUCAAGAAUGGAUUAGCCAGCCAUGUUACGGAUACGUCGCCGGCCGAUAGUGCACUAUCUGUCAGACAGGGGAAUUCCCCUAGCCAGGGCACAAGAGAAGCGAACAUCACUGCGGUACCUGUGUUUCCCCCCAAGAGUGGUCUGGUAGCAGAUGGCUCAGUCUAUCUGGGCUAUGAUUCCGUCCCCGCCAUGGCCUUGGCUCUGGGCAGUAGGAACGACGGAGAGGCCACGCAAAACGUCGCUGGCAAUAGUGUUUUGCCGUUGUUUGGCCUCGACAAUGAGUCUGCGACCUACCCUUUCACCGACCUCUGGGGCUUGACCGAUACACCUUCACGGGUCAAGGAGGUUUGCAAAUUGAUACCCUCAGAUGCCGAUUGCUUUCAGCAUCUGCGACAUUACCGCGAUAAUGCCCACGCCCUCUAUCCUGCAGUCGUCAAUAUCGACCAAUUUGAGACUGAAAUGUCCCGGUUCCUCAUUACCCGGUCAAGCCGUCGUUCGCAGGUCGAUGUCUAUGUUGAUCAGUCUUCAGACAUAUAUGGCCAAACGGUCCAUUGGCUCAGCCUCUUGUUUGCAUGUCUAGCAUCGGGUUGCCAGUGCUCAUCCCUUCCACGAAAGGAACGUCAACUGACUGCACAGGUCUACGUGUGCUGUGCCUACGAAUGUUUGCGAAUAAGCAAUCAUCUGUCAAGGCCAACGCCAGUGGACAUUCAGUCCCUGUUAGUGGUGGGGAAUGUCAUCGCCAACAGCAUGAAUGCCGGCGUGGCCUGGUCAUUGCUUGGGCUUACCACCAGAUUGGCUCAGACCAUCGGUUUGCAUGAACCGGCAGAGUUCUCCGCAUCGCCGGACGAGGGACGUUUCCGAGAAGAGAUCUGGUGGCAGAUUGUAUGGCAGGAUAGUCUACUCUCUAUUCUGUUCGACAGAUCCCCGGCAACUUCCACAAUCGCUACGACGCGGCCGCAUCAUGUUUCCAUGCACGAUUCGGACAAAUUGUCCUACAUCAACUGCAUGAAGAGACUUUGCGCGGCCAUCCUUGACAUUGUUCGCGAUCGUUCUGUCUCCGUCGGCGCAAGCCAGGAAGUUUCACUUAUCCUCAAGCACCGAGACAGGCUGACGGCCAUCUUGGGUCAAGCAGCGCCGCACCUCACCGAUGUGUCUGCAUCCAGAAGUAUGAGAGACCAACUCGAGCACUGGAAUCUAUCACUUCAUCUUUCCUACGUCAUGUUCGACCUGCACCGAGCCACUCUCCGAAACCAGAGUGACACAGCAUUGGGUCAUCUCCGAGAUGCAUGCGUCGACAGCCUGGCCAGUACCGUACACGCUUAUUUAGGCCUCCAAAAUGUGUCCUCAACUACGAGAACGUCCUGGAUUGCGACGCAGAGGGCCUUAAGCUCCGCCCUCCUUUUGGGCAUCAUAAAGGAGCACGAGAAGAACCAACGUGUCCACACUCUUCUACAGGACCUUUUGACGGUCAUGACGAAUCUCAACUCCGACACUGUUCCGUCCGAGGUGCCAGCUCCUAUCGCGAGGGCCAUUGCAGCCCUACGUAGAUUCCUGCACUCUUCUGAUGCGAUGGAAGUCGAUAAUCCUCAAUGGUCUGGUCAUGUUUCCAUGCAAGGGAGCAGAGAUGGGUCACGGUCUUAUGACGCAUCUACAUUCAACUCUCCGACAAUGACGCCCGCGAAGUCUCCUCAUGGCAUCAGCCCAUUCUCCCUCCUAGGGGACAUACUCUGGGGAACCCAGUCUAUGCAAGCUCAAGGUCUCUAUCGACGGUCUUAGGCGAGCUCUUCAAAUCUCUGUUGGUCCUCCGAGCGAUGUUGAACCGUCUUGGAGGGUCGCCACUACCACGCGGCUGUUUCCGAAGCACGUUCCUUGGAGCUUGUACGUCUUCCCUGACCUCCGCACGGCCAUUCCCUGGGAAAGGACGAACCUCGAAAGACAUUGUUCUAUGAUGCCGUAUGGUUCAACAAGCAGGCUGGUCAAAAAUAUGUAUGAUACUUCUGCUAUCACGAUCAUCGGAUCUCCCAACGCUGCGAUUAUGCGCCUAUACCCAGAAGCACACUGGAACACAUCAUCUAGUAAGGCAUGAAACAUGAUUCAACCGUCGAACGCCAGCCUCCCUACUAUUGCAACGCAGGAGUCCGCGCGGCAGUGAUGAUGGAAUGGCCGGAAGCGCCAAAUGUUCCUGACGGACAUCCGGCUCAUAACGAUUGAUGUACAUCAACCUGGGCCCCAAACAGGACACCUUUAUCAUGCUGCCUUCGUUCAAAACAUUGCUCCGCUUGUCUUCACUGGCCCCCGGCUGUAUCCUCCUGAGAUGCCACAAAGAAACGCCACCUAUGGGCUAAGCGUCAAAAAACCUCUCCUUGAAACCAUGGAUAGCUCCAGGAAGGUUGGCCAUCGCACAUGACGGAAUAGUCAGAAGGGAACCGCAUUGGGUCGUAAGGUUCUUCAAAAUUCCAGUCAUUCAGUGGAUCCGGAGAUGUAUUGCAAGAUGGACUUGAGCUGUCGAGAUGAUCAAAUUCCUCGAAAUCGAUGCCAUCCAUGAAUUGAGACUCUUCUCUGGUGGAUGAAGACUGGGUAGUCUCAACAUGACUAUGUCUUGCGCUUGCCGACGAUCCAUCAUCCGUUGGCGAGUUUGCAAUUUUAGGCGGUGGUUUGUGCGUGCGAAGUUCCACGCGAGGCUCAACAAUGUCGACAGGGGCUAAACCGAGAGACUCCACAAUAUCCUUUACAGACAUGUCGCUUUCUGGAGAGCUCACGUUCGAGUCUUCAGGGUCCUGUUCCGCUUGCAGUCGGCGAUGCAGGAUAUGAACACACUCGACCAGGAUCGACUGUUGGCGUGCCAAUUGCUCCGCAUAUCUCAUGGCCGUGUUAGCAGAGCGACAACAAGGAGAGAAUUGACAGUGUUGUACUUACGCUGCCGCGGUCUGAGAGCCCGAGGAUUUCCGCACAUACUUGUAAGUGCAACAAGUUUGGCUUCUCGAGCACUUCCCGCAGGGUUCUCCACCAUCGCACUGUUUGGCGAGUUGCCAUAUGUCAGUCUAUAUGCUAUGCUGCAUAGCAGCGCGACGUCUUCACCCACCUUGGCCUUUUUAAUUCUGCAAAAAUCGCACGCCCGCGAGAUACGAUUCCUUUCCUGCCGUCCGGGUUUGCGGCAAGAUGAGAUUCCCGCAUUUCUAGGUAGUACCCGUUUCAACUCGUUCAGGGCGUCGAGUUUUUGGUAGUUGUUGUCUGCUGCGAGCAUGCUGGGCAAGUUGUAUGACGCCUGGCUUUCUUUUGCUUUUGUUACGCAAAGUCAAAGCAGGUUUGAGCAACGGAGUCAAGAUUGAUGAGCCGACCAUGGGCUCUACAUCUCAGCAUUAAUAGGUAGUCGUGAGCCAGAUGCAUCAAAGAUCGGCUACCGGCUACUACUAGUUAGUUUACGUCAAGACAAAGCACCAUUUCCUCC